AUGAUGUCUGCUCAAGUACUCGCUGAUCCUGCAGAGUUGAUUCCCAUCGUUGCAUUCGCGUCCGCCGAUGGCAGCAGCGAUACACUCGAUCCGACCAGUUGGUCCCCCGACACCCCGCAGGCAACAGUGGCUACGGAGCUAACGGUAUCACAAGCAAACCGUGACGCCUGCCACGAGUCCAACGGCACGCGAGUGCUAGUCCACGACAUCGACAAGACCUUCUGCGUGCAUGGAUGGCCGAUCUGCAGCCCCGACAACCACCAAGAGACAAACAUCUACGACUGCACCGGUGUCCUGCCAUCUCCGGACGUGGAAGGCUCGCCGACUUGUGGCGUGACUCCAUGGGCCAUGAACUUGCCGUGCCUUCCAAAAGAGGCAUUUGGUGAAUUGCCUCAGCUUCUUCUUGAGCGCAGUGAGACCGACGACGACCGCGAUGUCGACGAUCCUAGAGUUAGCUCGUCGGAUUCUGUGACGGAGGUGGCUUCAGCAAGUGUGUCUCGAUGGCAAUGGAAGUUUUGGAAGAAAUCACCGCCAAAGCAGAAACGAGCAAAGCAGCGCAAGUACCCACUACCUGGCAGAAAGCAAGAGUUGCUGCGCCAGCUUAUCUCCUUACUCUACUUUGAGUACUCGGACGACCCCAACACAGACGCUAGAAACUUUGGCGAUGAUCCGUACCCUAGUGAAGAAAUCGCUCAGCCCCCGAAAGUUGGUUCGCAAGUGUUGCGAAUUUCGCCGGAGAUUCAGCUCAACGAGUCGGCACUUCGGCGUCUUGAGCGAGAGGAGCGUUUGCGACAAGAAGAAGCCCGUCGUCUCGAAGAACUCGCAGCGUUAUUAGCCAAGCCGCGACGCGAGAGGCACCGAGUGUUCUGCCAACCGAUAAAACUUCGUGGUCGGCGGUUUUACGUCUCAGUGCAUCAUUUUCCUGCUCAAGCGCGUAACUUGGUAAUCACGGUGUACAACCCCAGCGCCUCAAUGACGUACAAGCUUACAGUUGGGUUGCUCGAGGCUGCAUCGCUCGUAAAACUGUAUCCGUACCCUCGAAGUGGUUUCAGUCCUGAGCAAACCCUAACGGUGGCACGGAAAUUGAUACCGCGACUUCGACUUCUCGGUCGUGAGGAUAACAGAUCCAACGCUCGCAUGAUGCUCGGGAUAAACGGAGGUCGACAUGGUCCAGGAACGAAUGCUCUCCCUCUUCUUCCUCCGGUGAUGACAGAGGAGCGCAAACGCGAAGAACUUUUUAACAAAAUGUUGCGAGAUAGUCAGCGGUCUCUGCAACUUGAGCUGGCAAUGAAUCAACUUCGUCUCCAUAAUGAUGCUGAAGCUGAGCGUGUCGAAAUCCGGCAGAAGAUUGCGAAGGUCGAGGCUAAACGAACCGAGUUGAACGAAAAGGACCAAGCGCAUAAGGCUCGGAUCGAAGAGAUCGACGCAAUCGGUGGAGGUGGUGGCACGAAUUUCGACGUAAAACGUUUGCAUGAAGAACGGCGAUCUCUCAAAACAGGGCGUCAAGCGCUCAAGGCUGAAAUGAAGUCAACAGCGGCUCAAUUAGCCGAGCUGAGUCAGCAGUUGCAACAUGUAAGCGAGAAGGAGAAGGCAUCCGGAGACCGCGCUCAGCGUCGGGCUGACAGGUCUCGGAAGAAAAUACGCGAAGAAGUGCUACAGACGGUAUCGACAGCGUUGCAGUCAAUUGUACCCUUGAAGAAGCAACAAGUUGGACAGCGUACGUGGCUUGCAAAGGUCCACAUGAGACCUAGACAUUCACUUCUGUCCUCUGGAGGCUGCCAGAUAUCGGGAGUGCAUCUUCGAUACUCGUUUUUUGCGUUGGCACCUGAAACUAGCGAUGCUUUGGACGACGUGGACACUGAUGGACAGCUAUUUUCACUGGAGCUGUACGAUGCGAGCGCAUGCAAACGAUGUACAAACUUUGUCAUUUCCAAGUUAGAGUUGAUCGCACUAACGAAAACCUGUCACGAGCAGCAGCAACUAGUUCCUGAAGUUGCCCCACCGACCUCACACGUGUCAAAACGUCUCAUUGAACUCAGUGAGAGUAUGAAGGAGACCCGUGAGUCGCUGCAUCGGUUGACAGAUGCACCACCUGGCUCUUCAAAAGGGAAGGCGUCGAAAACGAAGACCCCAUCGACCAAGAAGAAGCGUGAAGAGCUGCUUCGUGCUAUGACGGGGGCCAGUAACGAAAUCCACCGAUUGAAUCGUGAUGCCCCCUGGCCAGUCUUGGUGAAAGAGCUCUGCAAGAAGUGCGCCAUCACUUCAGCAGAGGGUGAUGCCACAAAGUUCGAGGUCAGCUUAGAUCGAUGCAUUUUUCGAGUUGUGUCGCCUGUGCUCCGCAUCACGAACGAUGAGAAUGAAGGCGACGAUGAGGAAGAGUCCGGCGCUGUGUAUUGCCGCGUACGAGCGGAAGUGGCCCCAUUAGCCAAAGCUGUAGUGUUUGAGGUGUGGGAUCCACUAGAGUGGAUACAAUGGCGUGUAGAAUAUCCUGAAAGUCGCGAGCUGCUCCGUGAAUUCGCAGUCGAGACCUUCAUCGAGCAGCAGAUGCACCUUGAAGCCAUCGUGAUGUCGCUGCUCCUGUACACGGACGCUGACACAGGUCGGUUGGAACUACGCUUCGAAGAGUGA